AUCAUUCUCUAUAUAUGACAUGAAAACCAAAACCCCUUCUCUCACACACACAAGAAAGAACAAAUAUGAAGAAACAAGUUAAUGUGUGGCUAUGUCUCUUCCUUUUCUUCCUCUCAAUAUCAUCUUUUCUCCAAGAAACUGAAGCUCGAAAAUACUCCUAUGGACGCGCGCCGAUCACGAGGUUAGUCUCAAGAUCUCUUUACGACAGAAUCUUCAUCCACAAGGAAAACAACGCAUGCCCUGCAAAAGGUUUCUACCCCUACGAAGCCUUCGUGGAGGCUACAAGGUGGUUCCCGAGGUUCGGGAGCGUAGGAGGUAUGACGACAAGGCGGCGCGAAGUGGCUGCGUUUUUGGCGCAGAUAUCUCACGAGACGACUGGUGGCUGGGCCACGGCACCGGAUGGACCGUAUGCGUGGGGGUUGUGUUUUAAAGAGGAAGUGAGUCCACAGAGUAAUUAUUGUGAUGCUUCAAAUAAGGAGUGGCCUUGUUUCCCUGGCAAAUCUUAUAAAGGAAGAGGUCCCAUCCAACUUUCUUGGAAUUACAAUUACGGUCAGGCAGGUCGAGCAUUGGGUUUCGACGGUUUACAAAACCCGGAAAGUGUAGCUAACAACUCAGUUUUAGCAUUCAAGACAGCUCUUUGGUUUUGGAUGACCGAACAAACUCCUAAACCGUCUUGCCAUGACGUCAUGGUCAACCGGUACAGACCGACUAAAGCAGAUAUAGCGGCCAACCGGACCAGUGGUUUUGGUUUGACCACCAACAUCAUAAACGGCGGGUUAGAAUGCGGGAUUCCAGGAGAUGGACGGGUCAAUGAUCGGGUUGGGUAUUUCCAAAGAUAUGCUAAGUUGUUUAAUGUCAACACAGGACCUUACUUAGACUGCGAGAACCAGAGACCCUUCUCCUAGAAGGCUAUCAUUGCAACUCUCUUUGUAACCUAUAAUAUAAACGAUACAAUCUAUGUAUCAAUGGAACUGAAGUUAAAAUCAUAUUAAUAAAACUCCUUAAGCUAUGAGUGGGAA